AUGGCUUUUUCUGUGCGGAUGCUUUUGUUCUCCUCAUUGUUUUUGCUACCAAUUUAUGUGUUUUCCCAAAAUAAUGGAAGAGUAGCAGUUGGAAGUUCUCUAACUGCAACUACAAGUAACUCCUCAUCAUGGCUUUCUCCAUCCGGUGAUUUCGCGUUUGGAUUUUUGCCCCUUGGAGGCAAUGAUCUUUUCUUGCUUUCAAUAUGGUACGCGAAAAUCCCAGACAAAACCGUAGUUUGGCAUGCAUAUGAGGAUAACAACCCCAUUGUUGCACCUAAGGGAUCAACUUUGAACUUGGAUGCCAGCAGUGGAUUAGUUCUUAACAAUCCUCACGGUGGGGAGAUAUGGAAACCCGAAACAACCUUCGGGGUUGUUGCAAACGGCAUCAUGAAUGACACCGGAAACUUUGUUCUUCAAGACAAAAACUCGGGGAGCUUGUGGGAGACCUUCAACAAUCCUACAGACACUAUUUUGCCUGGUCAGACAAUUGAGAGAAAUGGGAAGCUUUCGUCUAGACAAUCGGAGAGUAACUACGCGAAGGGCCGGUUCCAGCUGCGCUUGCAAGAUGAUGGAAACCUCGUGCUCAACACCAUAAACUUGCCAACGGAUUAUGCCAACAAUCCUUACUUUGCCACGGACACGACAAUGGGGACUGUGGAAGGUAGUGAAGGCAAACAAUUGGUGUUCAACAACUCAGGGGACAUGUUUGUUCUGAGAGAAAAUGGUGGAAGAUUCAUUCUCACAACGGCAGAGGGAGUCUCAGCGAGGGAGAACUACCUAAGGGCAACUCUUGAUUUUGAUGGGAUUUUCGCGCUAUAUGCUCACCCAAAAACUUUCACAGGAAAUGCAAGCUGGAGUAGUCCUCUGUGGUAUCAGCCGGUUGAUAUUUGUCAAACACUUUUGGAAGACGCGGGCGUUGGUGUUUGCGGAUACAACAGUAUCUGCAAGCUCAAACCAGAUAAUAGGCCGACCUGCGAAUGCCCGAAGGGGUUUUCUUUUCUUGAUCCCAAGGACGUAUACCGAGGCUGCAAACCCGAUUUUAUACAAGGCUGUAAAGAAGAUGAGCUAGCAAGUCCCAGGCAAGAUUUGUAUGAUGUCGAGGUGCUGAUAAAUACUGAUUGGCCAACCUCAGAUUAUGUGCAGCUAAAGCCUUUUACCGCAGCCAAGUGCAACGAGUCUUGCUUUCAUGAUUGUUUGUGCGCUGUUGCUGUUUUCCGGUCUGAAACCUGCUGGAAAAAGAAGAUACCUCUUUCGAACGGGAGAGUGGAUGUCACUCUUAAUUCGCAGACCUUCAUCAAAGUCCGAAAGGAUAAUAUGUUGGAAAAUUAA